CCAGAGUGAGACGCCAAUGAGUGAGAGCAGAAGGAAGCACUUGGACAUGCGCCUUGGGUUAUGGCCGUGCGCCUCAGGUGCUGGCUCCGUUGCCAUGAGUGGCCGCGGCAGCUGCAGCUCUCACGGGCCACCAGGCGAAUCACCGUUGGUGUGCCCGAUCGAGUCAAAGGCCUAUACCGAGCGGCCACAGCGCCUUCACAGCCGAUUUCCCUGCAGGACAAGGUUGAGCAUUGCCUCUUGCGGCUGGAGCAGAUCUCGUCAGAGAGGGCGGAUCCGCUGAAGCCUCGAUACCAGCGGUUGCUGAAGGAGGUCUACCAGGCGCGGGGGGCGCUGAGCUCGCCGCAGCUGCUGCGGGUGCUGGCCAUGCUCUCUCAGCAUCCCUUGGUCUUGUACUCGGAUGCAGCGAGGCCGCUGCUGGAGACGGCCACGCAGCGCUUGGCGGUUGCCAAGUUGGAGAACCCGAGCGCUAGCCAGCUUGCUGGCGCCUGCCUCUCCUUGGCUUUCAUCGCCGCAAGCAAGCCGGCCCUGGAGCGAGAGCCCCAGAAGGCCGCGCUGCGGCUGCUGCUGCCCAGAGCGCUGGAGGCGCAGCUGUCGCCUUCCACAUCACCUGCUGGGUUCCUCACGCAGCCGCUUUUGGCUGCGGCUCUGCUGCCGCUGGAGGUGGAUGUGUCAGCCGCCGCAAGUGUGGUUCUCAACGAGGAGAGCUUCUGGCGGAUAGGGCGGGCCGGCGGGCCGGGAGGCGCCCAGAGCAAGCAGCUCGCCCAUGCGGUGGCGGCGCUUGGUAUGCUGAAGGACCAGGGGGCCGUGCUGCCGUCCAACACGGUGCAGCGGGUGCAGCGGCUGCUGGACCUGGAUCGCGUGGCGGCGGAGCUCCCGGAGCUGGUGCUCAUGUUCCAAGGCCUGCGGGGCUUGUCCCUUGACGAGACCCGGCUGGGCCUUGGCCUCCGGGACUUGCAGCGGGCGAGGCUGGCGCUGCGAGGCGCCGGUGCGGUGCCGGUGCUGGAGCUCUGCGAGGUCCUGCAGCUCCUGCUGACCUGCGGCAGGCUGACUCCAGAGGAGCCCUUUGUUUUCGACUACUUCCGCUUGGCAGCGAACAACGUGGACAGGCUACUGCGCGGCGAGCGCCGACUGUUGAAGAGCUCGCUGGAACACUUGGCGACCCAACUGGGCUUGGAGCCAGGCGUCUCCUGGACAGACCUAGCGCAGGCACCAGCCUUCCCGGCGAGCUCGCAGGAAGCUGCAGUGUGCCAGCUGGCCAGGUUUGACUGGUUUUCUCGCAAGAGUCGAGCACAGAUUCCGUGGUCCAAACAUCGCGGCCGCCUACGAUGAGGCGCCUUCGACCCUCGACUCCAUGGGCAACUGCCACACCGGAGAGGCGAUUGGGCAGUUUUGCUCAGCCUUUCAGGGUGGUUUGAAAGUCAAGUGGCUUUUUCCCACUCUAAGCUUCAUCAUGGACAUCAUGGGCAUUGAGGACCAGGACCACGAGAGCCUCCCAUGCUGUUGGACCUACGUGUCAGUUUGCCUCCUCAUGCCUUGAACGGUAUGCUCAAUGCGGUGUUUCUUCCCUGCUACACACUCUACUACGAUGAAAUGGGAUGGUCCAUUGUUCGCGCAGGUUUGGCAAUCACCGUGAACUUCAUACUACGCAUCCCCGUGCAACAGCUGCUGCUACGAGCCGGAUUGUGGGUGGCUGUGCCAUUGGCCAUGGUCAACUUGACAUUUACUACACGACCAGUGAGUGGGCGGUGUUUGCAGAAAUUGCAAUCAUGUCUGGCAUUGACCUCACUUGCGCCGUGGAAGGGAUGGCCUUCGAGGCGUUUGGUGCCUCAGAAGUGCAGGGCCAGACAGGCGACGUCAACCACCUUGUCCGUCUUCACCAUCUGUAUUGCCCUCUCUUGUACCAUCGGUGGUCUUAUUUACGACACGCUUGGUUGGAAAGGCAUGGCCACAUUUCACACUGCUGGUGAAGCACUCCUUCUCCUCCUCCUGUGCUUCGAGCCAGCUUGUCGGGUGUCAUUCAAGGAGGCUUUCUUCCCCACAAAGGAAGACAAUGACACAACUGACGCUGAAAAAGGCCCAGACGUACUAGAAGGGGGGCUUUUCGUGCAUGUUGACCCCGCCAACUGCAGCAACUUCACCUCUCCGAGGAUCCAAAAGAUGGGGGCAUGCUGGCACUUCCAGGCGAAGUCAUGCAGCAUCUUGACAGCAAUCCCCUGCACCAUUCCCAAGACGCCGAGCCCCGGCGCAGCGUGCGAACCAGCCGCCAGAGCCGCCACAGCCGUCGGGGCAGUCGGCUGAGCCAAAGCAAUCAGCGCCCAAGAGCUGGAAGCGACGGAAGCGAUAAGCACGGACGUGCAAGAGCUGGUAGUCACGUGUCACAUGUUGCCCUUUUGUCGGAAGGUGGGGAAGCCUUCUGUCACCACUUCGGGGCCAGAAACAGCUUGCCAGCGGAAAUCCUGGGAGCUACACUUCAAGACGCGGGCCCAGACCCGACUGAGGAGCCCCGCCUGCAGCAAUCAGCGUUGGCAGUGGUCCCAGCCCCGACCGUGGAGGACCCCCUUCCCACGUCAAGAGCUCGGAUUCCACGGGAUGUGAGGCUUCCUGCCUUCUUGGUGGUGCUUUGUGCUACCUACAACAACACCGCCUAUCCCUUAGAGUUCAACACCUUCGCAAUUUACUUCGAGCAGGUACACAACUGGAACGAAGCUACCUGGGCAAGCCUUGCCGCAGGGGAUUUGCUGGCGGCGAUUGCCAUAAAACUGAUUCCCAUGCUGUUCAAGAGCCGCUAUGAUCCAGAUGAAGCCAGCUGCUGCCGACGCUUCUGGCACAACAUCACCUCGAACCCCUGCAACUUGAGCCUUAUCUUGUUCACAUAGCUCCUGUUCAACCUUGGGAUGUUGAGUCCAGUGUUGCCAGUGGCCAUUGUUCUACUCGAUGGGGGACUCAAACACCUUCUUGGCUAUGCAAAUCGCGGGCAGAACCGUCUCAAUUCAAUUGGUGGUGCCGUGGCCGGUGUUUUGGGGACCUGGCUCUACACCAUCGACCCUUGACGCCCUUCAUGUUCACUUCUGCCUUGGCAGCGGUGGUUCUGGUAGUGUGCGCUGCCGGGUUUUGCGCCCGCCCAAUGUUGGGUACCCAUUUUUGACCCGCAGCCAUUUUGGGCAGCCAUUUUGGGCGGAGGCUUGGAAAGUUUGGCCGGAUGGCCAACGCUCCGGUCCUCCUCUGGGGCCUGGAGCAGUUUCUGAUGGUUUAGGAGGUUCACUCUUUAAACACACAUUUGUCCAUGCCAAAACAGUCCUUUACUUCCAACCAGCUCAUCUUUCAAGCCCUGCGC